UGGGAGGGGCCAUGGGGUUUAAAAGAGGCCCGCUUUGGACUCUCUCGAGUAUUGUCUGGCUUACAAAGAAGGUGACUCUCAGAGCAGUGUUUUUCCAAAUACCACCGUUUUUCUUUCCCUAUUGUGAGUACAAGUCAUUGUGGACUUGUGCUGUGCCAAAAUUGUGUUUGAAAAUUUGUAAAUAGUAUUUGGAUUUCUUUUUUGCACUAUUUUGUAAAUUUUCACACUUCUCUUUUGGGAGGCCGGCAAACCAAUACAAUUCCACCAAUAUUGAAUUUUUCCGAUUACGCCUGUGUUUUAUGCAAAGAAUCUUGUUUUAAGGUCCACUGCACCUGAUCCAAUCCCUGGCUUAUUUUCCUGGAACUUCUAAGUGUACCUCUCUCGGAGGAUGUUUCCAUCGAUUACCAUGGCCCUCGUGCUGCACUCUGGAAAGCCCUACCUGGAUUGAACCCCUAUCUAGUUGGCCUUAUUGGGACAAUUAUGGAUGCCAGCCGCCACAAAACAAAACAGAAGAAGAAGAAGUCACCUCUCUGUGUGUCAGCUGGAGACCUCUUUAAAUGUGGAUGAAACCUGCCUCUGAGCCCACCUGAGUGACACCAAACUCCACCACCAUGCAUCUCUGGAGUGCUGAGGUGGUACCACACCCACUCCAGACACACUAACCUCGGCCACGGUCCCCCUGAUGGCCUCCCAGCCUCGCCAAGCCUCAGCUCACUCAGUGCUCAGUGCACCCUUCACCCAUCGCUGUGAUGAAGACCGCCAGCCGCGCCCAGCCCCGCAGCAGUCCUCCAUUAGUUCAGAUGAGGCGCUACACACCUGGCGUGUAUCCUUUCCUGUUCCCCUCUAUCAUCAGCUCCCUGCCACAGCUCCCGCCUCCACCCUCACCGCACAGGUUGCAGAUCCAGCAGCCAUCCAGCAGCGGCAGCACACCUUCUCCUGUUGCCAUUGAAACACAGAGCACCAGUUCUGAGGAGCUCGUCCCCAGCCCACCAUCCCCGCCGCCCCCUCCCAGAGUCUACAAACCCUGCUUCGUCUGCCAGGACAAGUCCUCCGGAUAUCACUAUGGUGUCAGUGCUUGUGAAGGCUGCAAGGGUUUUUUCCGCAGAAGCAUCCAGAAGAACAUGGUGUACACGUGUCACCGGGACAAGAACUGCAUUAUCAACAAGGUGACGAGGAACCGCUGUCAGUACUGCCGCCUCCAGAAAUGCUUCGGAGUGGGGAUGUCCAAAGAGUCUGUUCGAAAUGACCGGAAUAAGAAGAAGAAGGAGAGCCCGAAGCCGGAGCUGGCAGAGAGCUACGAGCUGACAGCAGAGCUGGAGACCAUCAUUGAAAAGAUUCGUAAAGCCCAUCAAGAAACCUUCCCCUCCCUCUGCCAGCUUGGCAAAUACACCACGAACUCGAGUGCAGACCACCGUGUGAGGCUGGACCUGGGCCUGUGGGACAAGUUCAGCGAGCUGGCCACUAAGUGCAUUAUCAAGAUCGUGGAAUUUGCCAAACGAGUGCCUGGCUUCACGGGGCUGACCAUCGCGGACCAGAUCACGCUCCUGAAAGCUGCCUGCCUGGACAUUCUGAUUCUGCGCAUCUGUACGAGGUACACCCCCGACCAGGACACCAUGACUUUCUCCGACGGGCUGACCCUCAACCGGACGCAGAUGCACAACGCUGGCUUCGGCCCGCUCACCGACUUGGUGUUCACGUUUGCCAACCAGCUGCUGCCCAUCGAGAUGGACGACACGGAGACAGGCCUCCUCAGCGCCAUCUGUCUCAUCUCCGGAGACCGUCAGGACCUAGAGGAGCCCUCGAAGGUGGAUCAGCUUCAGGAGCCGCUCCUGGAGGCUCUGAAGAUCUAUGUGAGGAAGCGUCGGCCCAGCAAACCCCACAUGUUCCCCAAAACCCUGAUGAAAAUCACAGACCUGCGUAGCAUCAGUGCGAAAGGAGCAGAGCGUGUCAUAUCUUUGAAGAUGGAGAUCCCGGGCUCCAUGCCACCACUCAUCCAAGAGAUGCUGGAGAACUCAGAGGGACAGGACGGCCAGAGCAGCAGCAGCAGUGGAAGUGGUAGCAGCAAGAGUGGUGGCAGCAGCAGUGGUAGCAGCAGUGGCAGCAGCAGUGGCAGCAGCACCAGUGGAAGUGGUAGCAGCAAGAGUGGUGGCAGCAAGAGUGGUGGCAGCAAGAGUGGUGGCAGCAAGAGUGGUGGCAGCAGCAGUGGUAGUAGCAGUGGCAGCGGUGGCAGCAGCAGCAGUGGAAGCAGCAGUGGUGGCAGCGGCAGUGGUGGCAGCAGCAGCGAGUCACCUGAGUCUUUGGACACAGAGGGGGCCACAGCCACACCACCCAGCGAUGAGCCCUAG